AAAAAAGGUCUUAUUCUUAUUUACAUUUUUUUAUUUACUAAAAAUCUCUACAUCACUGAACUCCACUCGUAAGAAAAUUAAAUUUAUUUAAUAUUACAAGUUGAGUUUGGGACCUCUGGUGGACAUCACAAAUUGUUUAUUGGAUUUGAUCUAAUUUGCGUAUUUAUUUACUACUAUUGUCCAAAAGUCAUAAAAUUUUAGAUCGUUGGGAUUUCAGCUGGCACUCUUCUUAGUCUUCUCAGCACUAACUUUCAAUAAUUUUAAAAUGACUUCAAACAUUUUUCUUAAGAUAAGAUGCCUAAAUAAAAAUUUGGAAUCUGCAAGCAAAUUCAGAAUAAUAACAGUACACAUAAGUACCUACAUAAAAUAUAUUCUCAGGUUUUCAAGAACUCAAACAUAUCAGUUUUUUUCAAGAAGUAUCACUCAGCAAAAGAAAGCUGAUGAGAGUUCCACUGUCAAUGAAUACCAUGCUAACAAGUUUACCAGUGAAGUGAAAGAAUGGUGGGAACCCAAUGGACCUUUGAAAGCCUUACAUGCCAUGAACUUAAUAAGAGUGCCUUUUAUUCGGGAUGGACUACUUCGUACUCCAGCAUCUGAAAGAACAGAUUUACCUCUUAGAAAUAAGAAAAUUUUGGAUGUUGGAUGUGGAGGAGGAAUCUUGUCAGAGAGCCUAGCAAAGAUUGGAGCAGAGGUGACUGGGAUAGAUGCGAACAAUCAUCUAAUAGAACUAGCCAAAUGCCACGCUGAGAGCAAUAACAAAUUGCAGAUUAAACCAACAUACAGUCAUUCUAUAAUUGAGGAUCAUUCAGCAAAAUUCCCCAAUCAUUAUGAUGGUGUUGUCGCUUCCGAGGUAAUAGAACAUGUCAAUAAUAAGGAAUUAUUUGUGAAAUCCUGCGUGGCGGCACUGAAGCCUGGCGGGAAGAUAUUCUUCACGACUCCGAACAGGACGAGAUUCACACAAGUAUUCGGCAUUUGGGUGGCGGAGUAUGUCCUCAACCUAUUACCAAGAGGAACCCACGAGUACAAUAUGAUGAUCACCCCAUCUGAACUAACAUUCUUGUUAGAAAGGAAUAACUGUCAAGUGGAGAUCACCGUAGGCAUGAUGUAUAAUUUUAUAAAUAACACGUUUAAUUUUGUAAGCUCACAACACCUCUUAUUUGCAUUACAAGCAGUCAAAUUGUCAUAAUGUUGAACAUUGUGUUGAAUUUCAAUGUUAAUUAAUUUUAUAUACAACACUGAGUGAACUGAUAAAAAAUAUAUUAAUUAUUUUGUGUUAUAGUAGGUAAUAAAUAAUGUAUUGUUAAGUUUAA